AUGCCGCAGUUUAACACUGACACCUCCCAGACAGAGUAUAAUGACUCCGAGCCGACCAAUACGCAGCCUAUCUGGAGCUUUGAGGGACUGAACCAGAGGAUCACUCUCCAGGGGGAGGGGGAGAGAGGGGAGGAGGAGAGAGGGGACGAGAGAGGGGAGGAGAGAGGGAACGAGGAGAUAGGGGAGGAGAGAGGGAACGAGAGAGGGGAGGAGAGAGGGAACGAGGAGAUAGGGGAGGAGAGAGGGAACGAGAGAGGGGAGGAGAGAGGGAACGAGGAGAUAGGGGAGGAGAGAGGGAACGAGAGAGGGGAGGAGAGAGGGAAAGAGGAGAUAGGGAAGGAGAGAGGGAAUGAGAGAGGGAACGAGGAGAGAGGGGAGGAGGAGAGAGGGAACAAGGAGAGAGUGGACGAGGAGAGAGGGAACAUGGAGAGAGGGGAUGAGAAAGGGGAGGGAGAGAGGGACCGAGGAGAUGGGAACGAGGAGAGAGGGGAGGAGAGAGGGGAGGAGAGAGGGGAGGAGAGAGGGAAGGGUCAAGAGGAGUCCAACUAUGAGAAACGGGCAAUAGGGAUAUUAAUAAAUUCAUCCAUAUCCUAUUUUGAUUCAUGA